GAAGAGUGUUAUGUGUGUUUUAGAAAAAUGUUAUAUUUUUCUGAUUUAUUAAAUCUUAGAAUAAAUAAUGCGUUAAUACCAUUUAUUAGAAUUUAUCUGAAAAUAAUAUAUAAAGAAAUGAAAUUUUCGCCAUAAUACAUGCCUUAGCAACGUCAACAAAGUAAACAAACCGGCUUUAAAAUUGUCAACAAUGCAAGGUCCAUCCAUGGAUAAAUGGAUACGAGUCAAUUCCUGCAAUCUCGAAAAAAUUAAAAUCCUAAUUUAAUGUUUAAUUAUCAUGGGUUAUCUUGUUAAAAUUCCUUUUCGAUUAAUCUGGAUGAUAGUUGCUUCGUGUCCUCUUCUAGCCUUCUUUUUCUGUGUAAGUUGGUCAUUAUUAGCAAAUUUUGAAGAAUCAACGAAAACACAUUGUAAUGUUCCUAAUUAUUUACCUUCCAUAAGUACUGCUGUUGGAGCCUUUAAUCCACAGAAAUAUGUAUGGCGCAUCGGAAUAGCCUUCCACUGCACUCCGAGAUUCCUGGUUACUUUAAUGUAUUACAAUUAUUUUCGAAACAAUUUGCUUUCAGAAUCAAAGUGGCAAUCAGUUGUUCGGAUACUUUUUUACUUUCAGAUAUCAGAAAUACUUAGUUUAGUCGGAUUAUCAUAUAUAUCAUCAUCUGAAGAUUUUGAUACCCACAAAAAACUAUUUGUCACAUUUCUCAUCACUGCAAUUGUGUCAAUGUCACUAGUUUAUACCUUAAUUAAAUUUGGGGUAAAAAAUAUGCAAUCUAGGCUAGAACGAAAAUCAGUUCAUUUAAAGUUAGUUCUGCUGAAUGUCAAUUGUUUUGCAUUUGUUUUGUCUAUGUAUUUUUAUAUGAGGCAUAAUUGGUAUUGUGAACCAGGAAUGUAUACACUAUUUGCAUUUGCUGAAUAUAUUGUUGUAUUAUCGAACAUUGGUUAUCAUUUAACAAGUAUGUGGGAUUUCUCAAAUCAGUUCAUUAUUGUAGCCACUGCUUGAUCUGUAUUUUUUUUAACCAUAUAUAAUGGGAUUUAAGAUUAUGGUGUGGUUGCCAGUUUAUCACUAAAGGUGAUAAUCUUGAUUUCUUAUGACAGCACUAUAAUCUUAAGAAUUUCCUAUUUAUUUAAUUUUGAAAUCAAGAAUCACUUGAAAGUGAAAUUCUCAAAUAAUGCUUUAUUUAUUUAAUUUUUAUGAGGUAUAUUAAGAUCUAUGUUAUGAAUUUUUAUUAUGGGUAUGUUCUUUUUUAUUCAGUUUUAUCUCACAAUUGAAUAGAAUUGUAGAGGGGACAGGCAAAUUAAAUUGUAACGGAUGUUUUGUUUCCGAUAGUGAAACAUUUUUCAUUUAAUGUUUCGAUAUGACCGGAAUUUAACCCCUUGCUUGACGCAAUUUUCAAAAAUAGCCAACAACGGUCUUACGAAAUGUUCAAAAGCAAGGGAGCAGAUGUCCAAUCAUAGUGCAUAAUAAAGAUUGCCAGCUUUGGCGAAGAAGGGGGUUAAACUCCGGUUCACCCAAUGUUUCUUUUAUAAAUUAAUGUAGAUUUACUUGAUAUGAUAUUUUUUAUAUAAUUUUAUUUUAUUACUGCUUAUUUUUAGUAUUUUAGAAACUGCUAAAUUUUAAGGUAUGCCUCUGAUUGAACAAAUAUAAACCAUUGAUUUAGCAGUCUUCAUUGAAUAAAAAUGUAUAUAUAAAAUAAUGAAUUGUGUUAUAAUAAUAAAUGUUUGAUUUUGCAUUAUAAACAAUAUUUCAAAUAUAUUUGUAACUUUGACUAUGUAAAUGUUAUAUUAAAGGUGUCCCAAAUUGCUGUUCCAAAAUCAAAAUUUUUCUUAAAGGAGAAAAGUUCUACUACUGCAAGAUCAUUAGUUCAAUCCUAUGGGACUUGGACUGCUUUAAACUGUUCUAUUUGAUUGACUUAGUAGUUUUGGACAUUUAAAUAAAUUUUAGGAGGAUAAGAUAGAAAGUUCGUAGCAAACAAUAUGAAUGUUUUCCCAUGAAGACUUGUCCAUGUUUGAUUUGCAAUUUCAUCAAAUCUCUCUAUCUCUUUGAGUGACACAGAAGACAAUAAUAAGAUGAAGCAAUGUCAGUAGAAAGGAAGGGAUCUAAAUUGUGGUUUUUAUAUAUUUUGUUACAAUUAUUUUAAGGUAUUUUUUUGCUUGCUUUUAUGCAUAAGAUAUCACUUUUUAAAUUUCUUUAGU